AUGGUUAUUAUAGGUGGGAGCGAUGGGAAGGAGUGUUUUACGGAUGUGUGGUUUUUGAACCUGGAUACCCUCGUAUGGAGCAUGGUAAAACAACAAUCGCCCACGCACCGCAGACUCGCACACAGCGCCACGCAAGUCGGAUCGUACAUAUUCAUCGUGGGGGGACACAACAGCAGCGAAUACGGCUCUGAUCUCCUCCUCUUCAACCUCGUCUCCCUCCAAUACGAACCCCGCACCAUCCUGGGGAAACCGCCCAGCGCGCGGGGGUACCAUGCGACGAUUCUUGCGGAUAGUCGCGUGUUUUUGUUUGGGGGGUAUAAUGGCCAAAGUGCGUUUGAUGAUGUGCAUGUGUUGGAUUUGGCGGCGGGCGCGUAUUUGCCGCAGGUGACGAGUUUUUCGAUCGAGGCGUAG